CGGCCGCACUGGCGAAUCGAUUUUUCGUCUUGUCCGGGCACUAGAGUUCCAAGCAACGAUGGCUCAAGGCCACCGCCGGAGCGCCCUAUGGUCCCGGACAAUCUUCCGUUGUUCAUCACUGGACCGUCGUCAUUCGGAGACACGACACUGUUGAAUUUUACACGAUCUCCGCUUAACCACAAUCAGCGACUAUUGUAAAUUAAAAUCAGUUUUGACGUAAUUUAUUGUUAUUACAACGUUAUUCACUCGCACAAAAAUGGGACUGAAGGAAAUUGUCAGAUAUCAUAUUAUGGUAAAUGCGAUUCAACCAAGUUGCAUACAAAAUGAUAAUUCAGUCAAGAAGUUUAACUGGAGCGUUCUAGUGCUCGACAAAGUCGGAUUGCAGAUUAUCUCAUCUUGCUGUAAUAUGCAAGACAUGUGCUAUAACGGAAUUACUCGUGAGUGUUAAUUUAUUAGUUUAA